AUGGCGGCUCAAGGUGUUGAGCAGACCAUCCUUCGGGAUCCAGCCCUCUUUUACUGGAUUCUGUUCCCUAUUUCGGUGGUUAUGAUUCUGACCGGUAUCCUCCGCCACUAUGCCACAGUUCUCAUGAACACACCCCCGAAGUCUGCCUCGACACUGGCCGAGUCUCGUGAACGGCACGCUCUCCUUCGCGGUGUGAAUCUCCGAAACCACGGAUGUGCUGUACUAGACCGCGAGUCGUUUGAGGCUCGCAGGAACUAUUUGAUCAAUGGAUUCCGGACUGGCGCAUUCCUGAAAGACCCCAACAACCGUGGCCAGCCGCCAGCGAACCCAAUGACGGAUCCAGCGGGCAUGGAAGCCAUGAUGGGGAUGCUCAAGGGAAACAUGAUGAUGAUGAUUCCUCAGACCUUGAUCAUGAGUUGGAUCAAUGCCUUUUUCUCCGGUUUUGUGAUCUUGAAAUUACCCUUCCCAUUGACGAUUCGCUUCAAGUCCAUGCUUCAGUCCGGUGUCAUGACCCGUGACCUUGACGUGCAAUGGGUGUCUAGCCUGUCAUGGUACUUUUUGAAUUUGAUGGGUCUGCAGUCCGUCUUUGGAUUCAUUCUGGGUAGUGACAAUGCUGCCAACCAGAUGGCCCAGCAAAUGGGAAUGGCGAACCCUGCCGCAAUGAUGAAUCCCAUGCAGCCUGGCCAAGAUCCUGAUAAGUUAUUCCUGGCCGAGGCGGAGAAUCUGGAAGUCAUGGAACAUUUCUGCAUCCUCGAUGGUGUUGAAGAGCGAGUCCUUCAAAACUUUGCCUCGGAUAUGAACUGA